UUCCGGGUUCGCGGAUUCGCCUUACGCCGCGCUACAGAGUUUACAACUCCACGUUCUGUCCUUGACUUGUUCAUUGUUUGUUCGAGUCGGAGUGACGGCGAAGCGGCAGCGAUGGUUUCGCGGUCGGGCGCGAAGUGGACAUCACGCACCGCGUCCACGUCCGGCGAAGAGGUGGAGGAGGAGGAGCGGCCUCUGCUGACGAGGGCCAGCGACGAGCACAGGAACGCCGAUGGCCGGCGAUGCAGGGGCUCGUCGUCUGGCCUGGCGGUCUUUAACCUCACGCACGCCAUCAUGGGCAGCGGGAUCCUGGGUCUCGCCUACGCCAUGGCACAGACGGGCAUCGUUCUCUUCAGCUUGUUACUCGUGCUUGUGGCCUCUUUGGCUGCUUACUCCAUUCACCUGCUACUCAAACUUUGUCAGCAAUCAGGUGUCAAUUCCUACGAAGAUCUGGGAACACUUGCCCUUGGCAGGAAAGGCAAGAUCAUGGCAGCUGGAGCUAUUAUCCUACAGAAUAUAGGCGCAAUGUCUUCAUAUCUUUUCAUCAUCAAGUCUGAGAUGCCAAAGGUUAUCAGGGGCUUCUUGAACUACGAGCCAGCAGCAAAUGCUUGGUACAUGCAUGGGACCUACCUCCUGCUGCUGCUGGCUCUGCUGGUGGUGCUACCCUUGGCCUUCCUGCCAAAAAUUGGGUUCCUCGGCUACGUCAGCUGCUUCUCGGUGUUCUUCAUGCUGUUCUUUACCAGUUGUGGUAAAUCGCACAGGAAUAUUCCCCAUUCCACAUCAUUUCCCCCCUCCCAUCCCCUCUCCUCAUCCGCUGCACCAAUCAUACCCCCUCCACCUACUUGUCUGCAGGUUAUCAUCAAGAAGUUUUCAGUGCCCUGUCCUUUGCCUCCCACCAAUGUCACACUGGGAUACUAUACGCUUUAUAAUUCAAAUUCCAGCAAUUCAUCUGAUGCUUGUUCACCAAAGCUCUUCACACUUUCCCUCCAGAGUGCAUACGCAAUCCCUACCAUGGCAUUCUCCUUCCUGUGCCACACGUCCGUGCUGCCCAUAUACUGCGAGCUGCAGAGGCCUAGCACAGGCAAGAUGCAGAAAGUGGCGAAUACGAGCAUCUCCCUGGCUUUUAUCAUCUACUACCUUUCUGCCAUCUUCGGAUACCUGACUUUCUACAGCAGCGUGAGCCCGGAGCUGCUGGAGAUGUACGGACUGCUGACACGGCACGACUCACUGGUGAUGUCCGUGCGCCUCUGCAUUCUCAUGUCUGUGCUGCUCACCGUGCCCCUCAUCCACUUCCCGGCUCGGAAGGCGGUGCUCAAACUUGUGGCUGACGGUCGGCCCUUCUCGUGGCUGCACCACACCCUGGCCACCCUCGCGCUCAUCACGCUCGUCUUGAUUUUGGCCAUCUUCGUCCCAAACAUUAAGGAGGUGUUUGGUUUUGUUGGUGCGACCACCUCCACAUGCCUACUCUUCAUCUUCCCGGCCCUGUUCUACAUCAUCGUUAGCCGGGAGCCACUCCUCAGCCCACAGAAAAUGGGAGCGCUGAGUUUGCUUGUGUUCGGUGUCGCCGUGUGUCUGAUGAGCAUCACUCUCAUCAUCCUGGGCUGGGCACGGCAGCACCCACACACCAACACGCACAGCUGGCUCCACCGGGGUCUCGUCUAAGCGACGCGUUGCGCCCCGGUGUGCCACGUUGCGGUGGUACCAGCAAGGCCACAAGGGAGGCUAUUUCUGGUGCUGGCACGUGGCGGAGGGGGAAACAGAUUUGGUGCCGCUCGACUCCUCUGGGGCGAAAAUCUCCGCAGCUCAAUGUAAACACCUGUGCUGAUCCGAGAGGACUUUGCACGUGCGGGUGCGAUCCUUGCACAGAUUUUUUUUUAUUGUACGGGUUGUCCAAAUAUUGUAUCGCCGUUCGAUGGCAGUGGGCGCCCGAAGGUUUUGUCUCUCUCUUUUGGUUGUAAAAUAAUUUGGAGUGCACAGAUUUGCACGUGACCCUUGGGUUCAUGAGAUUAUGGUAACGGUUAAUGUAAGGCACACAAACGUGUGUGCUGUUGCCCACGUGACAUAUUGCAUGGCAAUGGAGGGGCGUGUAACUUUGUCUCUAAUAUGAGACUGUUGUAAUCCCAUGAACGUCCUGUACAAAUUGUCUUCUAUUUGAAGAAGCUCUUUCACAUGCUGCGCACUCAGAACUGUUGAACGUAUACGGUCGAUAAAAUAAAAAAAAUGCUUUUUCCAGUAUAGCACUGUAACUAUCAGAAAAUAUUGCAUGUGCUUUCAUAUCACGACCACAUAAAUGAAACGUUAAUUGAAUUAUCGAGCGUAUUAAAUGUUUUACGUUUAUGGGUAGAUAUUUUACUGCAGUAAUGUUUGUUUUAAAUAUGCACAUGUAUUUUCAACGCAUGUUUAAUGUUCACUUUACAAUCUUGCUAGGAGGCGCACAUCGUCACUUGAAUAAAAAUUGGUGAUGAAUUGAAGAGAUUACUAUUGGGUCACACACGUAUCGAUUUGCCGAGCAUGUGUGGAUGUGGUGAUUGGUCACUCGAUGCCUUCAUGGAGCAGUCGUUCGAAAAUCUACGACGCGAGUUGGAUUUCACUCAAGUUAUCCCCCCCCCCCCGUCCCUCCCUCUUUCUACUACGCCGUUUACAUAACCACUGUUAAAUUAUGUAUUGCAAACCGCUCCACACAAUUGCAUUACGGUUUGCGACGAAUAUCAAAGCGGGACUGUGCAGCGCACACACUCAAUGUUACGCGAGGUACGUUUGAUAUUUCUUUAAUG